UAAUCUCUCCCAGGACCUUCUUAAAGCGGUGAUCGCAGAAAAAUUGCUGCUACGACUUAGAAAACAGAGAAAGAGCAGACAAAAAAAAUUGAGAUCACACAUAUUCCGAGUGACUUUAUUUGGACUUGUGUUAUUGUGUUAACUUAUCCCUCUAUUUUGUGUGCUUACCAAAAUCACUACAACAACUCAACCGGCUGACGAUUUAUUACUCGCUGGGUGGGCAUUAUCCCCAUUCCCCGGCUAGUUAGUUAGCUAGCUAACUGUGCUAGCCCGGCUAGCUAACUAACGCAAAGUGCCGCUGCUCGACCGUGAGCUGCCAGUUUUCCACGCAUAAUUACCUGGGAGUCAUUGUACUAGAAGCAGUUCAUUCUGUCUUCUGUCAGUCAUGGAGAAAGAUGCCUGUGAACAGCAGAAGAACAGUGAUGCAGCUUUGGAGCAGGCCAAGCAACAGCCAGCAGCUCCAUACAGAUACACCAAGGAAGAGCUUCUGGAGAUAAAAGAAUUGCCAGUCUCCAAUGAAAGGCCUGAUUGUCUCUCAGAUAAAUAUGACAGUGAUGGUGUCUGGGACCCAGAGAAAUGGCAUGCCUCUCUGUACCCCACCUCGGAGCGAAAUUCUCCUGUUGAAGGUUUUAGGAAGGACUAUAUGGAUGAUAGAGUUCCUUUGAAACGAAGAAUCCCAGAUCCCCGUGAGCGGUUAAAGGAGGAUGAUUUGGAUGUGGUACUGAGCCCGCAGCGACGUAGCUUUGGAGGUGGAUGUCAGGGCAAUGCUGCACCUGCACCCCACAUUCGUCGCCCAAUCAGCCCGCUGGAAAAUAAGGAAAAUGAGAGUCUCCGUCCAGGAGGGACUCGCAGAAUUGGCAGUGGACGCAUAAUCACUGUUCGCGCCUUUGAAAGAGAAGCCCGUGCAGAAAAAGAGCGGGAACGUGAGAGAGACUUUAAAGAAAAAAGAUUCAGGAGAGAUUUUGGUGACAAGCGUGUGUUUAGUGAAAGGAGACGAAAUGAUUCGUGUGCAGAGGAGGAGCCAGAGUGGUUUUCGGGGGGACCUACCAGCCAGUCAGAGACUAUUGAGCUCAUUGGAUUUGAUGACAAAAUUCUUGAGGAUGAUAAACGACUAUCCAAGAGAUCAAGGAAGCGGACGCAGUCUGUGAAAGAAGCUGUGGAAUGUAACGGUGGGUUAGCUGAGGAGCAAGAUGGAGGUUUGCAGUCUACAGCUGAUCAGGAAGUUCCCCAUCCUGAUGUUCUUCCAGAGCAGUCAACUGGAGACUUUGACUUCAAUGAGUUUUUCAAUCUAGAGAAGACUAUGCCAGGACUCGCCUCUAUGAUAGAGGAUGUUUUGGGAGAUGGCCCUGUAUCAGCUAGCCGCUUCAGUCAGUGGUUUUCCAGUACCCAGAGCCCAUCAGGCAGCCAGUCUAGUAGUUUGAGGUCCACUCCUCACGAGGAACUAGAAAAUCUAGCAGGGCUUCAACCACGCUACAUAUCUCCCAGACAAGGCCCUGCCCCUUUCUUCACACCUAUUAAUUCAUCAGAUGGCAAGGAGAAAGUAGAUAUUCUGGCACUGCUACACAAGGCUAAAAUUGAUCUGAAGCCCGAUCUCCCUGACAUCUCAGCCAACAAAGCUCGGCUAAGGGAGAGUGGAGCAGUGUUUUCGCUGGAGGAAGUUGAAGGUGAAAUGAAGGGAAUGAAGCUUGGUCCGGAACCCCAUGUAAAGAAAGCGUCGCCUCCACAGAGAGGAAAUGGCACCCCUUUCAUGGCUGAGCAUUUAGAGGAGGCUUUAAUUGGCGGUUCCAGAAGCCGUCCACACUCACGUGACACAGACAUGUCUGCCUUUAAUAAAUUGGUCAGCAGCAUGCAGGCAAGUGGAACUCUGCCAACUCACCCCAAACCCAACACAAACUCUCAAAAACCACCAGAUCAAGGUAUAACUGCGUCGGAUGCUCACAUGUCUGUUCAGCAGCAGAAGAACAUUUUCCAGGAGCUCUUGGGAGGUCGUAGUGGCUCCCCCACACCUAUAGGCAGUCUAUUGGGCGCAUCUGGGGCACCAGGGACUGCUGCCCCUCUUCAUGGCUUACUACGUAAGGGCCCAUCACCCCCCCUCUUUCCACAAAGGGCACCCUCCCCUGAAUACUUCAAUAGCAGACUGCCACCUUCUGCAGGAUUUCCAGUUGGUCAUCAGCACAUGCUGCCUGAACACUUUGCUGAUGUGCACAGGUCCAUUAGCCCUGCACAGCAACAGAUGAGGGCACUCUCUAUGCCCAUAAAUCAGGCUGACCUGGAAGCACUGGCUUUACAGCAGGACCUCAUCUUACAUGGUCAGCACCCAUUCUCAUCAGGCUUCAGCAAGCAGACGCAGGACAGGGCUUUUCGUAAUAGACCACAGCGUAAUAAUCGUUCCCCAGGACCCCAACCUGCUGGAAGAAACUCACCUGGAAAUGCAGUCACCAGCAUGCUGUCCCCAUCAUUUACGCCGACAUCUGUGAUACGCAAAAUGUAUGCCACAAAAGAGAAGAGCAAGGAUGAACCAUCAAGUCGUUCUGAGACUAAGGACGAGGCAGCAGCAAAUUUGCAAGAUGGAAGUAGCUCUCCAAAUCUCUUCCUUGAUUCGCUGGAUGGAAAUAUUGCCCAGUCCGGAGGAGUGAAGACUGUCUCACAAACCUUGCAAAGCAAAGACCAAGAGCGUCUGCGGCCUGGCGCCACUGGACACCAUACUCCAGGCAUGGUACCUCCAGGACCACCAUCUUCUUUCCCUCGACCCGUAUACCUGUCCCAUGUGCCCGUGGUGCGUCCACCUCCUCAGCUUCACCCUAAUGUGGUUCAGCGUAUGCUGGCACAGGGGAUCCAGCCCCAGCAGCUCGGACCUGCACUUGUGCAAGCAGGUAUAUUUCCACCACAUGUUGACCUUGCACAUCUCCAAGGCUUGCCCCCUGCCCUACUUGGACAACCACUGUACUCUUUAAGUGCUACAGGACAUCCACUUCUACCUCCUCGAACCAAUACUCAGAUGCAGUUAGCUGUUCUACAGCAGCAGCUUCAGCAGCAGAGACCAGUACAUACCAACGCCCCAGGCACCCAGUCACAGAGCCAAGGCCCCCACCGGACAAAUGGCUCUCAGCGCCCAGGGGGCAGCCCCCCGUUAGGCCUCGCUAAGUGGUUUGGAACAGAUGUGCUAGAGCAGCCUCUGCCCUCCAUGCCAGCCAAAGUCAUCAGUGUUGAUGAGUUGGAGUUUCGGCCAUAAGAAAAUAAACGGAGAAGAUUUUUUUUUCCCCUUUCCCUCUGCCUAUCUUUCCCUCUUGGUUACCAUGAAAAUGUGAACUUUAAUUUGAAAGAUGGUGCACAGAACGGGACAUUGUAACCAUGCCAAGCUUUGUCUACAACUUGAGUCAUUGCUUUCUAAGAGGCAAGUGACGGAGCUCUGUUUGCCUGUUGUGAAUUUAUUUUUGUUAUUUUGUAUUAGACAGUAAAUAAUGUAUAGGCCCAAUUGUACAGACUGUGGGAAGGAAUCUUAUUCUCCUUGUAUAUAGCUGUGGUGUUUUUUUUUCUUUUUUUUUCUUUGGAAGGUGAAAGAGUCCAGCAAUUACACUCACAAAUGUGAGACAAAGUCACUGAGAACUGGUAGCAUUCCUUCAUCCACCUUGAACCCCCCCCAGCUCUUUGAGAGAAGGCCACCACUGAUGAGAGAGAUGGAAGUGUAAUGUUAGUGUACCUGCCACCUUUCCUUUGUGAUAAAACUGUUGGUCCUUCUGGAUGGUUGAACAUAAGAUGCCCCCAGGGAUGCAGCAAGCUGGUUGUGCCUUGUGUGGAUUUUUUUUUUUUCCUUUUCUCUUAAACUGUACUUUCUCCUGGGGGGCAUCACUGCUCACACUGUCAUUUUUGAGGGUGACUGAGAUUCAGUUUGUGUGCUAUUAAGUUAUAAGAAGCACAAAUAGAAAUGAUAAAUAAAAUCUUGACUACAAAA